GCCUCCUCCGCCGCUGCCGCCGCUCCGCGCCGCUCCUCCCGCGGCCUCGCCCGGGACCGGCCUGCCCGCCUCCUCCUCCUCUCCCGUUCCCGCCGCUCGGGGGCCGCCGCCGCCCUUUGUGUGGGGCCUGGGCGGGCGGGAAGGCCGCGGGGCGGCGCCAUGGGCAGCGGCGGGCCGGGGGGCGGCCGCGGCGGGAGCCCCGGGCGGGCCGGCUCCGCACUUUGAGAAGACUUGCCCGUGCGAGGCCGCCGCCCCCCGGCACCCCCGGGAUGCGCUAGGGCUGGCGGCGCCGCCGCGGCGCGCGGGGACCGAGAGUGCUGCUCCCUGGGUUGCUUCCCUUGCCCUUUCCAAAUGUGAACACGUCACAGCUGGCACAAAGGGCCUCCUCUUGUCUUCAAGGCACUUCUUUUCUUAUCCAAAAAAGAAAAAGCCAAACCGAACCAGACCACGAAGAACUUGUGCUGAUCUAAGGAGAAGACUGUGGAGUCUCAGUCACCCCUUUGCCUCCCAGGAUCCUGACUGUCGGCUGGAUUUUCUGUCCUCCACUUCAGGGGAUAAGCUACGGGGAAUAAGAAUCUUGGAUACUUUGGAUUUUUGUUUUUACUUGAACCCUUUCAGCGAAGAAGCUGAAGUUGUCACUGCUAAAAUCCCAGUUUUUUUUCACAAGCAUGUCAGAAAGCUGGCAGCAACAACAGCAGCAACCGCAACAGCCGCCGCCGCCGCAGCAACACCACACUGGGGCAGCCACCCUCCCAGAGCACUCCAUCCCACCCAGCACUGCUGACAACCCCUUGGGCUGUGCCGUCUAUGGUAUCCUGCUCCAGACGGACCCGAGUCUGCAGCACCACCAGCACGCUUCCAUCCAGGCUGGAGAGCUGUCUCACAAAUGCGGUGUGUGUGGCCACGACCUCGCUCACCUCCCCAACCCCCAUGAGCACCAGUGCUUGCCAGGCCAUGACCGCUCUUUCCAGUGUACCCAGUGCCUGAAGAUCUUCCACCAGGCCACGGACCUCCUUGAACACCAGUGCAUCCAAGUGGAGCAGAAGCCCUUUGUGUGCGGUGUCUGCAAGAUGGGCUUCUCUCUCCUGACCUCGCUGGCGCAGCACCACAAUGUCCACAAUGGCAAUGCCAUGAAGUGCUCUAUCUGUGAGAAGACCUACAAGCCUCCCGAGGCAGAGCAUUCACAGCCUCUCGACCCCUCAGAGAAGCCCUACAGCUGUUCCAUAUGUCAGAAAACCUUCAAGCACCUCUCGGAGCUGUCCCGGCAUGAGCGCAUCCACACGGGUGAGAAACCGUACAAGUGCACACUAUGCGACAAGAGCUUCAGCCAGUCAUCCCACCUAGUGCACCACAAACGGACGCACAGCUCAGAGCGGCCCUACAAGUGCACAGUGUGUGAGAAGACCUUCAAGCACCGCUCCCACCUGGUACGCCACAUGUACGCGCACUCAGGAGAGCAUCUCUUUAAAUGCAAUGUCUGUGAGCUGCACUUCAAGGAGUCAUCAGAGCUGCUGCAGCACCCCUGCACGCCCAGCGGGGAACGGCCCUUCCGCUGCGGUGAGUGCCAGAAGGCCUUCAAGCGUCCCUCGGACCUGCGGCAGCACGAGCGCACGCACAGCGAGGAGCGGCCCUUCAAGUGUGACCUCUGCCAGAUGAGCUUCAAGCAGCAGUAUGCGCUCAUGCGCCAUCGCCGCACGCAUAAGGCCGAGGAGCCCUUUAAGUGCAACCUGUGCGAGAAGGGCUUCGUGCAGCCCUCACACUUGGUUUACCACCAGCACGUGCACGGCAUAGAAAACCUCUUCAAGUGCAACGUGUGCCAGAAGGGCUUCAACCAGUCCUCAGAGCUGCUGCGGCACAAAUGCAUGCAGAACGCGGAGCGGCCCUUCAAGUGUGCGGUGUGCAACAAGUCCUACAAGCGGGCGUCCGCUCUGCAAAAGCACCAGCUGGCCCACUGCGCCGAGAAGCCGCUCAAGUGCACGCUUUGCGAGAGACGUUUCUUCUCCUCCUCCGAGUUCGUGCAGCACCGCUGUGACCCGGCCCGUGAGAAGCCCCUCAAGUGCCCUGACUGUGAAAAGCGGUUCAAGUACGCCUCGGACCUGCAGCGCCACCGGCGCGUGCACACGGGCGAGAAGCCCUACAAGUGCCCCUCCUGUGAGAAGGCCUUCAAGCAGCGCGAGCACCUCAACAAGCACCACAGCGUGCAUGCCCGGGAGCAGCAGUACAAGUGCAUGUGGUGCGGGGAGCGGUUCCUGGACUUGGGCCUGUUGCAGGAGCACAGUGUCCAGCACACGGCCGAGGGCGCCUACCAGGUGGCUGCCUGCUUGCCGUGAGCCUCCCGCCCCAUGGUGGCUUUCAGCUUGCAUGUGAUGCUCCUGAACCUCGGCCUCCCCUUCCCUCUCCUCAGUUGUAGACAGCCUCCAGGGAGUUUGGGGGAAAAGGGAGGUACGGUGGGCAGGCAGGUAAACUUUCCUCUGGCCUCUGCAAUUGAUACGCCACCUGUAUCGCAGGGGUGAUGGACGACGUGAAAAGCUCAAAGGGGUAGAGAGGAAAGGAGAGAGGUGGGGAGCGGAAACAAUGCCUGUAGUUACCUGGCAUCCCCUGGACUGUAGCUCAUGCUGUAGCUGCGGUUCCAGUGCUGGGAGCUCAGCUGCCCACUGCAGGCACCAGCCCUUCGUGUGUAGGCUCUUUCCCCUGCCCAGCCUGCUGGGAUCAGCAGGGACGGCUGGGUAACUCCUCCUGGAGAGGGCUUGGGAGCAAGGCAGAACCAGCCCUCUGUUCUCCCAGGUUGUGCUGCUUGGCCAGGAAGUAGCAGGUUUCCGCUGCUGGGGUCUCCCAACUUCCUUGGUCCAAGCUCAGUUGAGAGGACCAUUUCAGAUCGUUAGUGUUGAUUGGCUGCCCCAACCUUCCCUGCUCUCCCUCUUUCUGGAGUAUAGAAAGGGAAAAGCCAUGGGGCUGCACAGCUCCAAAAAGCACUUUUGGCAUUGCUGCUUUUGCAGUCACUAGUUGUCACGCUCUGCAAGAGUUCUGAGCGAGCCUGCCCACCCCCAGUCCCUGCCAGCAGCAUGUGCUGCGCCGCUACCGGAGUGUGUGGCGAGGAGAGCCUCCAUGCCCUUCUCCAGGUGAGAGCCUGGUGUUUAAGAGCUGCUUCCUGAGGGACCUAGCUCUCCUGCCAAGGCUUACCAGCUCCCAGGUCUGUUCCCUCUGCACCGCUUGGGCCAUUAGCAUUCCUUUGGGGGGUCAGGCAAAGGGCCACCCCAGCAAUCUGAACACUAAAGGGUGAGGCAAACACUACUAAUGACCUACAGCUUCAGAGAUGUUACCAUCACCAAUGGUAACCCAGGAGAACCCUUCCUGGCCUGCAGGCUCGGCUCUGAGGGGAGGUGAAGGUUAGCAGUGGCUAAAGGAGGAGUAUAUUUUUUUUCCCCUCUUGCGGGAGUCCUGUUUUACCCCUUUACUCUUUCUUUACCUCUUCUGUAUUUUUCAGGUUUUGCACAGUACUUGUAAACAUCACUUAAAAAUAAAUUUCCCCUAGCAAGGUCAAUGUAGCCUCAGGUGUUUUCCUCUGCAGGAUUUUGUUGGCUUCUCAUGACCGAGAGACUCAUUCCCUGCCAGUUAGAUGCCUUGGAGGUUGAAGGUGUGCUUCAACUAGGUUGCCCAGCAGCCUUCCCCUAUCUGUCUGUGGAGGUAUUAAAAUGUUACAUAUCCAUUUGUGGGGAUAUUCAAGCCCUGACUGGACGCGGUCCUGGACAGCCUGCUGUAGCUCUCCUUGCUCAAGCAGGGGGUUCAACUCGAUCUCCAGAGGUCCCUGCCAGCCUCAGCCCUUCUGUGAUCUUGGCUCGCCCUUGGAUGAGGUAGGAGUAUGGUGACGAGCUCUAAUUAGUGAACAGCAGCCAGUAAGUCGCCCGUGUGCUGCACGGGUGGUUAGGACAAGUUUAAUAAACUUUGUACAUGGCACAUACGGACAAAUUAGCAGAGGGUUGGGCUGUGCUUGCUUUGCUGAUAAGGGUUGCUCAUCAAAAAAGGUGGAGAAAGGUUUUCAUUUCCAUUUCCAGCAUGAUGAGGGGGAACUGUGUGAAUUUUUGGGGGCUGGGACAGUUGAGUGAUAGGUCUGACCCUGGGGCUGAGUCUUCUUGGUGCACAGCUUUAAGGAGGUUAAAGCAGACAUUGCUCUCUGCUGCCCAAGGAGGAGGAACUGAUGGUUAUCUUACUUCAUGCUGCCUCAAAGAUGUAGAACUUCCUACUGAGGUUUCUGUCCGUGUUUCUUUUUCCUUUUUUUUUUCUUUUUGCCUUUUUUUAAAGCAGUUUGUUAAUAUUCAUUAAAAAAUACUCUGUAGUUUAACUUGAUGUCAUAUUGGAUUUUUUUUUAAAAAAAAAGGAUGUGAUAACUUGGAAUUUUAAAGAGCUCUUUGGUUCUAGGUAGCUGGGGUUUUUUUUUCUUUUUAAUGUGUAGUAAGUUCGGUGUAUGCUUUACUGUAGGAGUAAAAAUGAGGAGUAAGACCAAGGAAGGCUAAUCCUAUCUUUACAGAAGGGCUUGGUGGUUACACAGGCUGUGAGCAGGGGACUUUGGCCAGCUGGGUUAGCCUUAGGCCACAGGCUCCUCUUUUCUGAAGUAGCCCAGCACAGCUGCUGCAGGUCCCACAGCGCCAGGGGUUCAGCAGCACGGCAGAGGCAGUCAGGAUCAGUGCCCGCUUCUAGGAGCUUGCAGAGGGGCUCAUCUUUAUUAAGAGGAGGGCAUGAAAUGGAGGCUGCUGGAGCCUCUGGGGGACUUUUUUGGGCUGUAUUUCUUUCCGGGGCAGCUGCUGGCUACGGAAGGGGGUUGGCAAAUGGUUGUCAUGGCCCUUGGAUGGCUGUGCCCUGCUCUCUGUCCUCCUCAGGGGCCUGAGGGGCUGUACAGCCUCGGGUGCUUGGUGCAGAACAGGAUGGUGGUGGGUCCCAACACAGCUUCACACCACACACUGGCCACGGAGCUGCCAGAUACUGUCCCCUUGGUACCAGCUGGGCACAGGGACUGUUUGGGGCCAUUUCCCUCAUGCUAAGCAGCUGGGAAAGCCCUGAGUGUCCCAGCAAGAAGCUCCAGCUCUGCUUAGGAUGUAGAAACAGUCAGGCAAUACCCUGGGUGGAGAGACAACCGUCAAGGCAGUGUGCUUGGGGCGCACUGAGAGGGGAAGCUGUGCAGACCUCAGUGAGGACAAGCCCAAGUUGCCAGCCGAUGCCUGCGAGUAGGUGCCUUCAGGUUCAAAAACAUCUUGGUACAGUCUUAGACCAUCAUUAAGGAGGACUGGCCAUAGGUCUCUUCAUCUUGGCUUGUGCCGCUAGACCUCAGUGCUGGUGGCUGGAAGGCCUGUGCGGAGCAGGCGGCUGGGUGGCUGAGUCUUGAGUGUGUUUUUGUAGGGAGAUUGUCUAGGAAGUGGCUUUGUUGCGUACAGGCAACCUAGAGGAGCAGGUCGAUCUCUGUUGCUGCGCCUUUGGGUCAUGUUUUGUACUGUGAGGUGAGAGGUGAUGGAAAUAGCAGGAGGCAGGUGAGUGUCAGGAAUGUGGUGCUGGGUGAGGAGGCAGGGCUUGGCCUGGGGGCCUUGAUGUCCCCUGAGCACCACACUGUGAAGGGCACUCUGCGAACUCCUGGUGUUUCCUUCUCAAACCAAAGAGCAGUUGUGGCCAAAGCCUCUUGGAAGUAAAGUGUGUUCUUACUCUGUACCUGUGCUGCACUUCGCUUCUGACGUUAACUUCAAGAGACUUUCAGGCUUCUUGGUGCUGCCUCUGCUUGGCCUCUCCCAUCACUCAUUCCCCCAUGGUGCCCGAGAGGGUCACUGUGCUGGAGCUUGUGUUGUGUUGGCUCUGUGGCAAGUCCUUGUGCAUGUCUUCAAGACUCAUUUACCAGACUGGCUGGGGAUGGUGCCUCCCAAAGGGUUGUUCUCUCUGGCAGCUGCUUGAACAUAGGAUGUGGCUGGGGAGGCAGCAAGGAGGGUUAGGCUGAGUGAAGUUGGUGUGGGUGUUGUCCAGAAGAAAUCCUGUUCUCUAGGCUGCUGUUCCUCUGGCUCCCUCGGUCCAGGAAGAAAGCAAUCUGUUUUCUGGGCUUUUUUCGCAUUUCACUUCUGCUUACCUGCAGGAUGCCUUUAUGUGUGUGUCAGCCCCUCCUCCUCUGCAGCUCUUUUGCUCAUAGUUUCGGAAGACCUUCUAGGCUUUUUUUGCCCUCUGUUCAAUUCUUUAUUUGUAAGUAAUGGUUUGGUUUUCAGUCCUUUUUCCAUUUUGAUUGCGAAUUCUCUACUUCACGCCAAUGGAAUGCCUCUUCCAGGCUGGAUCUAGGUGAUACUGAGCCACUGAUGAUGAGGUCAGGUGGUUGGGACCUGAAUCUUGCUGGAAUCUAGCGUGCUUCUGGUCCUUUUGCCUGUGGGUUGUCCACUUUGCUGAGCACAGGCAAUACCUGUAGCCAGACAGGUUGGCUUGGCUGUGUCGUGCCUGUGGUACAGCUGGCUCUGGCAAGCAAGUCCGAGCCAGAACCAGGAGCCAGAGCAGAGCUGUAGGAAAUGGCCACUGUGGUGAGAGAGGCCAUUUUCUUGGUGAGUCUCUUUGCCACUUCUCCACAGCUGAGGGUUAAGUCCGUGAAGGGCUGUCAGACGUUUCUGGGGAGAAGUCAUGGCACUGCGGUGGGGUUGGACCCCUUGGUUCUCCUGGAAUGCCUGUGGAGCGGCUGUGUGCAUCAGGCAGGUGGCUGAGCUGAAUUAACCAUGGCACGGACACCCCUGGGACCACAGGUAUGCCCGGAUGGCCUGGCCAGCUCUCCAGGGAGCAGAUGUCAUCCCCGCGGCCUGGGUGGGAGGACAUACAUGCUCUGGUCUUGGGGCCCACACACUGGAGUGGAGAGGGGGAAAUCGUCCUCUGACAGUGGUUUAGCGCCAUCGCUGGAUGUUCAAGCCUGGCCUUGCACUGUUAGGAGGGAGGAGAGCACUUUCUACGCUUCCUUUGAGUAUUUACCAUCAAGUCCAGGCUGCAGCCAGAGCCUGGCUAUUAAUAAUAAGCAAAAAAAUCCUUGUUUUUCAGAGUUUGACUCUUCCUCUAUUGGGUGGCAAGUUCACCUGAGGGAAGGUUCCUGCAUACGCAGGUGUAAAUGCUGAGAUGCAAUAAUGGCAGGUUGGGGAGGUCUGGAGAGGGUGGGUGUCCUCCAGGCCUGGGUGAACCUGUCUUCUCCCCAGCUGCUGGGCUCCCUCUGUGGCAUCUCCCAGCAGCAGCCACUGUCCAUUCUGGAUGUGGAGAUGCUGCUCUUGCAGAAUGCUCGGGGUGCUCAAUGGGGAGAGCAGGACCACAAGUGGGGGCUGGACCAUGGUCUUGUCUCUGAAUGCCUCUGAGCUAUGGAUCCGAGGGAAUGACAUGGCUGGUGAAGUUCUCGGACUCCUCCUAGCCUGCACUCACACCUCUGGCAGAGUUUCCAGGGCCAUGGGAAAUUGUGGCUGAGGAUAAUGAGGUUUGUGUGGCUUGCAGUGCCUUUAACACUGCUCUCCAUGUGUUUCUAAGAUGAUACUCCAUGUAUGUGUGUAUAUAUAUUGUAUUAACACAUCCCGCUCUUCUGUGUGAGUGUCAAAUUG